AGUGAUUCAUUGACAUCAUUUCUACUUCCUCUCUACUACUCACAGUAUCUUAAUUUCCAUCUCUCCUUUCCAUAUUAAGGAGAGAAAGAGAGUUGAAAAGAUAUACGGACGGACGGACUAUCUUUUUGGAUAUAUAUACUAUAUACUCGUAAAUUAAUCAUCGUAUAUUCAGAUCUGAUCUCCUGACCUGAAGCUUACUUCAACAUGGGUUUACGAGUUGCACAAAGUAUGUAUUCUUCAAUCCAUCCAUCUAAUCCCAAUCCAAUCCGAAUUCAAAACCAUCACAAAUGACCCACUCAUCUAACAAACCCCCCAGUCUGCGGCCUCUGGUUCUGGUUAGCUUUCGCCUUCUUCCUUUUCGUAAUCUUCCACCAGUCCGAUAUCAUCAUCCCCUCACCCUCCUUACACCCCGAUCCAAAACUCCAUAAUCCUAGCCCUUUUUCUCUCAGACCCCUUUCGACCUUUGAACGAAUGGCUCGCUCCGAAUUCGCCUGGCGCACCUCCGUACAUUCCCGUCAUGAAAUGGCCGUCAAACAUCCCUCUUACCCACGGAUUCCCCUUUUCCCAGCCCAAAAACUAUCUGAUUUCUCAAACACACCUUAUACGAUUUGGGAUUUCUUUCCUGCGUCGUGGACAUGUCCGCAUGAUAUUCAGCGAGUGGGACGAUUAGGCGACGGAGGGAAAUGGGUUUGCGGUAUGAGUUUAUAUGAAAAACACAAAAUAUCAUCUACUUCCAAAUCAGCGAAAGCAGAGAAACAAGAAAAGGAAAAAAGAUGGAAUAAUCAUCUACAGUUUCGGCGUCAACGACGAAUCAACCUUUGAAGAAGAAAUGCUCUCUCGAAUCCCCACCUCUCAAAUCCACGCCUACGAUUUCUCCGUCACGAAAUUCGGCCCUCAACUUUCUCCCGCCUACGCCUCUCGAGCUCACUUUCUCAAGUACGGUUUGGGAUCCACAGAUAUACCUUCCAAAACACCUCCUUUUUACACGCUCCAAACUCUCAUGACGCAGAAUAACCACAGCUAUAUCGAUAUUCUCAAGAUCGACAUUGAAGGAUCUGAAUACACGGCUUUGGAUUCGUUUAUGGAUUUUCAUCAACAGGAAGGUAAAUUACCCGUUGGUCAGGUGAUGAUUGAGUUACAUUUGGUGGAUGAUGAACGUGUGCAUUUUGAGCGGUUUUUGAAGUGGUGGGAACGGCUUGAGGGGUUUGGUAUGAGACCGACUUGGUUUGAGACGAAUUUGUUGGCUGUUACGUUGGGAGAGGGGAAGACGGAUCCUAGGUGUGUGGAGUAUGUUUGGGUUAACGUGAAGGAUGAGAGGAGUGUUUUGUUGGGGGAGUAGGGGUAUGGCGUAUUGUGAUAGAGACACAGAGGCUGUCCUUUCUGUCUCGGGAAUCUUGCUGUAGAUGUAGCAAAUGUGUGGUCUUGGGUCUGGCUAGGGUGAUAGGGUAUGAUAUAUAGGAAAUCUGGUCCGUCGGUUGGUUGAGACCGCAAAAGGAAGACGUACUUGUAAA